AUGACCGUCGUCGAUCCUCGAAUGACGGACACGCCGCACUCAUGUCCGAAUGAAGCAGCCCCCACCGGGCCGAACUCGGCAAUUGGCCUCGUUUAUGAAAGUGAAGUAGCCGAUGAAACGACGGCCCUGCUCAGGACCAAGCAGGCUGGUGAUCGAGGCCAUGGGACCUUGUCGAGUCCACGAGACGAUGGUGACGCUCGUGCUGACAAGAAUGCCGACGAGGAUAAACCUCUCCCCAAAGUCCAGGUGUUGUUGCUCUGCUUGGCGCGAGUGGUCGAACCGCUAGCGUUCUUCUCCAUCUUCCCGUACGUGAAUGAAAUGGUUCAAGAGAAUGGGUCCGUCGAAAAUGCGGAUGUGGGCUUUUACAGCGGUCUGAUUGAAUCGUUAUUCUCCCUGACCCAGGCCAUUGUGAUGAUUCUCUGGGGACGAGCGGCGGAUCGGAUAGGCCGUAAGCCCGUCUUGGUAUAUUCCUUGUUCGGCGUGACGUUUGCCACGGGACUUUUUGGCUUCGCCAAGACGAUUCCGCAGAUGAUUCUUUUUCGAUGCAUCGCAGGCGUCUUUGCCGGUACGAUUGUGACGAUCCGGACUAUGGUGGCCGAGCACAGCACGGCCAAGACCCAGGCUCGCGCAUUCAGCUGGUUCGCAUUCAGCGGGAAUCUGGGCAUGUUUAUCGGUCCCUUGAUGGGCGGAGCUCUGGCCCAGCCUGCCACCCAGUAUCCUGGCGUCUUUGGUGGAGUAAAAUUCCUCGAAGAAUACCCCUACGCACUGUCCAGUCUCGUCGUGGCUCUCGUCGGGGGCAUCGCCGCGGUGAUCAGCGCAAUUUUCAUCGAAGAGACUCUGAGGAAAGAGCCCGCGGGAGACUCCGCCGAAGACGGACCAGGCGGGACAAGCACCCUUCCAGCCGCAUCGGCUCGUCGCCACACCCUCUCAACUCGCCAGUUAUUGAAAUCGCCCGGCGUCGGCGUCGUGCUCUACGUGUACGCCCAUAUUAUGACUCUCGCCUUUGCCUACACGGCCAUCGUCCCCGUAUUCUGGUUCACCCCCAUCGAACUCGGUGGAUGGGGGUUCUCACCGCUCCAAAUCUCGUUGAUGAUGGGCCUCAACGGAGCCGCCCAAGCCUGCUGGCUUCUCCUUGUCUUCCCGCCCCUUCAGCAUCGAAUCGGCACAAAGGGUGUGAUUCGCGUGUGCGCGCUCGUCUAUCCCUUCUUCUUCCUCACGUGCGUGGUGGGCAGCCUCCUCCUCCGUACCGGAACCGAAGCCUCCAUCAAAGUCUUUUGGGUCUUUGCUCCCCUUAUGCUUGCUCUGGGGUGCGGCGUCAGUAUGAGUUUUACGGCCAUCCAGCUCUCGCUGAAUGAUAUCUCGCCCUCGCCGCAUAUUCUGGGGACCUUGAAUGCGUUGGCACUGACGGGGGUGAGUACGCUGCGAGCCUUUUGCCCGGCCUUGUUUUCUAGUUUGUUUGCGCUGGGGAUGAAUACGCAGUUGGCCAAUGGAUAUGCGAUUUGGAUGGUGAUGAUCGUGUUGGCCUCGGGACUAUCCGUCGCUGCAAAAUAUUUGCCUGAACCGGAGAGACAGGUGCCGGAGUCGGAGUCGGAAACUCGGACAUAG